AUGACACAUGAAACCGGACAUUCAAACUUAAGUUAUACGUUUGGAUCUACUAGUCUGUGGCUUAGAACGCAAAUCAAUUCCAAGGUUUUAUUGCAAACAGAGUAUUCUGGUACAAGCAGGGACAAGGUUCUGAGACCAGAGAGACUAGAGGUAGAUCCUAACUCUAGUGAAGCAUCCUGUGAGUGGCUGCACUGGAAGAAGACUUUCGAUAAUUUUUUAAACGCCUUGCCGUCUGAAGGCCUUGAUAAACUAGGUGUACUGGUGAAUUUCAUAUCUCCUCGUAUAUUCCAAUAUAUUGAGAAGGCAGAAUCGUACGAUACUGCGAUUGAGAUUCUGAAAACAAUCAAACAUUGUAACUUCAAAGCUGUAUCUGCUGUUCAAAACCGAGAUGCUUAUGUCCGAGACGCUUUUAUCCGGGGGUUAAACUCCACAUGGAUACGACAGCGUUUGUUGGAAAACAAACACCUUGAUCUUAAUACGACAUACGAUCAAGCCAGGAGCUUAGAAGUAGCUAUUAAGAAUGCUGAAGUUUAUCGAGUAUCCGAUUCUUCUACUGUGUCUGCGGCUGCUCAAAACAGUGAAACUCAAAACGAUGAGACAUCGUGUGAUAUCGAGAAAAUAUCUGCUACUGCAAAUACCGCGUGCUUUUUCUGUGGCGGAACGAAACAUCCUCGUUCAAAAUGUCCAGCCCGAAAUGUGUUUUGUUUCAAAUGUCAUAAAAAAGGACAUUUCAUAAAAGUCUGCAGAGGAACCGUUUUCAACCCACAAAAACCUGACGAAGUCACUGCAUGUUCUAACUCGUAUAUAUUAGGGAUGGCUUUUGACAAUACCCCAAAAUCAUUGAGAGGGUCGUCGUCUGUGAUUCAUAUUGAAGGACACGAAGUACGUGCACUUUUUGAUAGUUGCAGUAGUCAGAGUUUCAUACACCCUCGUCUCAUAGAACGGUGUAACCUCCCAAUCAAAAGGGACACAGUUAGGGACAAGGUAGCAAUGGCUUCUCUGGCGUGUUCCAUGCCUAUAAAAGGUUGCACAGCAGCUGAUAUUGAAUAUCAGGGCCGACACUAUCCAAAAUUCAAUUUGAGAGUAAUGAAUGAUCUAUGUUGUGACAUUUUACUUGGAAUAGACUUUCAAGGACAACAUCAAAGUGUAACUUAUAAUUACGGCGGCGAUCGACCUCCAAUGUCUGUAUGUGGCUUUUCAACUUUCAAAAGUUUGCCACCAGAACCAUUCAAAAAUCUGACUGCUGACUGCCAUCCUAUUGCUACAAAGUCUCGUUGGUAUUCCAAAGAUGACAGAAAGUUUAUUGAAAUGGAGGUCAACCGUUUGUUACAGGAAGGAAUUGUAACGCCUAGCAGAUAUCCGUGGAGAGCUCAAGGUGUCGUCGUAAAGGGUGAAAAUGGGAAACGAAGCACAGUGGAUUUGAAAAGUGCAUACCAUCAAGUUCCACUUGAAAAGGAAGACCAGAAAUAUACUGCUUUCGAAGCUGCGGGUGCUCUGUUCCAGUUCACUCGUUUACCGUUUGGAGUCGCAAAGGGCGAAGUCACAAACACUUGCAGAUAA